AUGUCAUCAUCAAGCGUCCACGAUCCGUGCAGCGACACAUCUCCAGUCGAUGCCCUAAAGAAGCUGACAUUCUCUGAAGAGAUGCUCACUGACCGCAAAGAAGACAAGGGUGAAUCGACGUCCGACAACGACCCAGACAUGACUCUAUCCACACGCCCAGUGCAAGCUAUCUCUACGUUGCCAGAGCCGAAAUGCUAUUGGGAGCUUCUGCCCUUCGAAUUGCGAGAGUUCAUAUUUUCUGAACUUCAUUGUUCUCCUGACGACUACUCCGCUUCCUCUCACUGGACAUCGCCUUUUACUUGGCAAGGAUCAACAUCCCCGUUUAUGAAGGCAUUGCGAACCCUGCCAAAGUCCUACGAUCACGCGCUUCAAUGGUUCGGUCGAGAAGCCACUCUGUCCCUUACCGGUAACCCUUGGUAUCCGACGGGGUAUCGCUUGUCGGCUCUGGAUAUCAGCGAGGCUGAGUUGAACGUCGUUCAACAAAUCGAUAUUGACGCUACCUUCAUUGUCAAUUGUACACAAGAUCUCUUUGAAGAAGAUGGAAAGACCGUUGUCAGGUUUGAGAAGCCCACUUGGUUCACUCGCCAGUUCCUAGAUCUCCCAAGUGUGCGCAACGUUAGCAUCGCCCUAGACCUCGACAAUAUUGACCAAGGUUACAUGGCUGUUUUCUUGACCGAAUGGCCAUUGUGGUUACAAGGUUUCACGGCAUUGGCCAAAGUCACCGUGAAAAUUCCUCUUUGGGUCAUGGACGAUAGAGGUCGAAAAAUGGUCAACGGCAUUAUUGGAGGUAUCAACAGAAAGACAGGAGUCCGAGGCCAAUUUGUGGAGGUUGAAAAGGACAAAAGUCUUAGACACGUUCACGAAGACGCUGAGGUUUGGGAAUGGGAGGCCGUCGAUGGGAAGUUUAUGGAUUGGACUCAAGAGCUUGGGAGAGAAUACAAGUACCGUCAAUGCAGAGACUCCAGGAGGGACUUUCAAUUCUUCGACGACAUCACACAUACCGAGCUAGGGUUCGAAGAUGGCAGCUUCUUCCUUGAGAAUUGGCAUUAUUGUUGGCCGCCUUAUGAAGGAAGAUGUGACGAACAGUAA